CAUCAAUUUGACACAGAUCAGUCCCUUAGUUUAUAUUUCUGUUCGUUUUCCAAGCAUACGAAGUCAGAGCCAAGUGAAAGAAUCCGAACGAGUCCAACACGUAAACAAACAGCUGUACACGAGUAAGCUGUCAGACUUUCUGCACUGACAGUAUCAGAAUUACCAUAAACAGUUUGAGGACAUAAGAAAACAACAGAAAAAUGGCUGAAACAGAGAUGGUAAUUAUGGUGACCGGAGGCUCGGGACUGGUAGGACAAGCAAUAAAAACAGUUGUAGAAGAAGAGAAACACUCCAAUGAGAGAUGGAUAUUUCUCAGCUCAAAGGAUGCUGAUCUGAAAAACACAGCUGAAACCCGUGCUGUGUUUGAGAAAUAUAAGCCCACUCAUGUUAUUCAUCUGGCUGCUAUGGUGGGAGGCCUUUUCCGAAAUCUGAAAUACAACUGCGAUUUCCUACGAUUCAAUCAGCUGAUCAACGACAAUGUAUUGGAAUCAUGCAAGGAUUUCAAAGUGCAGAAAGUAGUUUCUUGUCUUUCAACUUGCAUCUUCCCAGACAAAACUACAUACCCCAUUGAUGAAACAAUGAUCCAUAAUGGACCUCCACAUCAAUCUAACUUUGGGUAUAGUUACGCUAAGAGGAUGAUCGAUGUAAUGAACCAAGCAUAUCAUCAACAGUAUGGUUGUAAUUUCACGUCAGUUAUACCAACAAAUGUCUAUGGACCACAUGACAAUUUCAGCUUGGAGGAUGGCCAUGUAUUACCAGGACUGAUAAACAAGGUUUACAUGGCCAAGAAAAAUGGAACACCAUUUACUAUAUGGGGAACUGGAAAACCUCUUCGGCAGUUUAUCUACUCCAUAGAUCUAGCCAAGCUUAUGAUCUGGGCAUUACGUGACUAUAAUGAAAUCAGCCCAAUCAUCCUCUCAGUUGAUGAAGCAGAUGAAGUGUCUAUCAAGGAGGCAGCUGAGAUGGUUAUUGAUGCCUUUGAAUUCAAGGGAGAAGUGGUAUUCGACACCUCGAAGUCAGAUGGCCAGUUUAAGAAAACUGCAAGCAAUGCAAAACUCAGGAAAUAUCUCCCAGAUUACAAGUUCACACCCAUACAACAAGGUAUCAAGGAGACUGUAAACUGGUUUAUUGAAAACUAUGAGUCUGCAAGAAAAUAAAAUUCUUUGGAUUUUGUUUUAUGUAGGUUGGCAGACAAGAAAAGAAAUAUCUGCACGUCUUACAAAGGAAGAAGAUGGAAGAUAAGAGUGCAAACCAUUCCUCUCUUUUAGAUUGGUUAAAAAAAAUCUUUAUGGGAUGAGGAUCAUGUAAUGUUUUACUUUAUAUAAUGAAGAAUUGGGUGUGUGGCACAUUAGACUGCAUUGUUACAUAAUAGCUACAAUUUAAAGUUUUCUAUGACAGGAAUAUGUGAUCACUUGAUGUAACAGAUUCAGAAAAUUGUUAUUGUUUGGAAUAUAAACAGUAUUCUACAUAUGAAUUUAUGUUUUUUAUGAUUUUCAGUUUUGAUUACAUAUGAUUUGUUUGUUGGUUAAUACUUGAUUUUUAUUUGAUGAUUGUAUUUUACAUUUGCACAUUAUAGGCCUUGUAUCGAAAAAAGGGAAAUAUUACAACUAUAUAUUAUUAUUGUCAAAAACAGAUUCCUAACUCUUGGUGAUUUAUGUAAUAAUAGAUCAAAUUUUGUGUUAUUUCAAGCUACCAGUGAUGAACUAAUGUGGUUCAGAUUGCAUUUUAUGUGUGGAUGAUGGUUAACACAUAUUGCCAUCUAGAGAGUGAUAAGAUUGUAAUCUGAUUGAGGAAUAUAUUUAUAAACAUCUAAAAACAAAUAAACUGUAACACAAUC